AUGGCUGUGUACAAGUAUAUCCAGGAACUGUGGAGGAAGAAGCAGUCCAAUGUGAUGCGCUUUCUGCUGCUCUCUGGCUCCACAGGGCUCCCCACCCCACCCAGCUGGACAAAGCUCAUAGACUGGGACACAAAGCCAGGCAAGGGUAUGUCAUAUACAGGAUUCGUGUGCGCCACGGUGGCCACAAAUGUCCAGUUCUUAAGGGAGCACCUUAGUGCAAGCCUGCCUGUCCAUCAUGGCGUUAACCAGCUGAAGUUUGCGCGAAGCCUUCAGUCAGUUGCUGAGGAGCGAGCUGGACACCACUGUGGGGCUCUGAGAGUUCUAAAUUCUUACUGGGUUGGUGAAGAUUCCACAUACAAAUUCUUUGAGGUUAUCCUUAUUGAUCCAUCCCACAAAGCCAUCAGAAGAAAUCCUGACACCCAAUGGAUCACCAAACCAGUCCAUAAGCACAAAGAGAUGUGUGGGCUAACAUCUAUAGGCCGCAAGAGUUGUGGCUUUGGAAAGGACCGCAAGUUCCACCACACUAUUGGUGGUUCUCCCCGUGCAGUUUGGAGAAGGCGCAAUACUCUCCAGCUCCACCGUUACCACUAA